UUCUGUGAUGGUGACUAUAUCAUCAUUUUCUGACCAUACAGUGGCCUCAAUCUCCUCCUGUUUGUUACCCAUGCUGCAUGCAUUCGUGUAAAUGCACCUCAGCUAGGCUGCAUUUUUGGGUGCAAGAAACCCUCAUACCCUCUUUUUGUCCAUACUCAGAUUUAUGUUUAUGGAAACAACCUCACACCAACCCUUCUGUUCUUCCUGCAAAAUGGUAUGUCAUUCUCCUCCACCAAGACGCAAGAAAUCUUGCUAGGGCAUUCCUCUCCCUCACCAAACCGUUCUAUGGUUCUGAACACCAAUUUGCAGCCAGAAUGCUUGAAGUGUGACUCUAAAGAACACUUUGUCAUUCAAGAAAAACCCAGUUUGUGUCCUCAACAUUGCUUAAAGUUGUGAGUGCAGUGGGCUUGGACAGGGUCAACCCCACUGCAUUAGGGGAUGCCUUUAAGCCACACAGUUGACACACACAGAAUUUCUCCCAGUUCUUCUGAGGUGAACCAAAGAAUUUUUGCUGACAGAUGGGGGUACUGCCUGCUGUCCUCUCUGUUGCACUCCUGUCUCUUGUCACAUCCCUGCAGAUGGACACCAGUGCUCUUGCCACAGGCUACAUUUGGUUUCAGUUUUCAAAUUUUUUUUUUCCUUGCAAAUAUUAAGGCUGAAACCUCUUUCAGUAGAGCAAGCAAUGUGAAACAAAACAAAAACACCUCUGAAACUACAGCUCAGUCAUGUCCCAAGGCUGCAGGCACAGAGGCAGACUUAUCCUCAGAGUGUGGGAACUCAGGGGGCAGAACUCAAGGCAGGGAGGUCUGCCACAUGUUAAAUAUGUCUAAUUUUCUGUAGGCUUUCACAUGCAGCCUGCAUGCCUUCAAUUCUUUCUCAGAUCUUUGCAAAAUGUAAUUCAGUUCUAUUUACUUGUGAUUCAUUUGCAGUUCUUUUCGGUUCUGAAUUAUGAAAUUAUUCCUCUUAAUGCUGUCAGGAAAAUUAAUAAUAUCCAAGAUCUCAGAUUAAAAAUUAAAUAUGAGCGUAACAUUAUUUUCCUCUGAUAAAUAUUCAUGUACAGUACAUACUAGUGCAGGACUUUUCCAGAAAGAAAUAAAGGAAAAUAUGUAGGCCUCAUUCUUAUUUUAUUACAAAGUAGAAAUUACAAGAGCUUAAGGCAAGAUUUAUAUGUGCGCGUAGACAUUAUUUCUGAUGGUGGUGCAAUUAUGAUUUUCAAAUGCAAUGGAAUGGUGAUUUUUGAAAUAUGUCAGUGUUUCUUUUCUUUCUUUUUAGUUUUUCUUUCCUUGCUUGAAAACUUUUAACAGGCAAGCUUGUAAAUAACACAAAUAUCUGGGGUCCGGAGUAGUGCAUGUACCUGCAGCCUUAUGUAGGUCCUGACUCAAGAAUGUCUACCUAUUCAGUAAAGACUCUUCAGCUUCUUCACAAAUGCUUUCUAAUAUUGGAAACUUAAGGAAAUCAGUAUUGUGAACUUUGCACUUAUUUUUCUCUGCAAACACACGUUUAGUCACUAUUAAGUAUGUAUAGUUAAUUUCCUAAUGCCGUAAUACAAGAAAAUAUUCUGACUGCUUUAAGGGACCAGUGUGUUCCAACCCAGGAUCAUGAGGUGGCAUGUGUUGGGGACCCAAAAGGCCCCUGAAUGAAGAAUGAUCCCGGGAUGGAACAAAGCAUUCCAACAGUUUUAAAGGAAGUGGCUACAGCCACAAGUAUCUUAUUUUGUAGAGGAAGUCGAUCUUGGUAGUUUAUCUUGUUUUUGCAAGGACUUGCUUUGCAAGCAGGUGUUAUCUCUCACACACUCUAGGAACCUCUGGGACUGUUGCCUUUCUGCUGCAUUGCAGUUGCAGGAGAUGUCUGGGGAGUUGAAGUCCCCCAUGAGAACAAGGGGUAGAGACCAUGAGACCUCACCCAACUGUCUGUAGAAACCAGAUUCUUAGUUUCUGUGCUACAAAUAACGUGUUUGAGUUAAUCCAUUUGGCAGGAAAAAGUCUGUGGUUUAUUUGUCAAAAUACAUAGCUCUGAACUGAUUUUUAAAUGGAUGUCUGAUUUUUUUUAAAUACUCAUUUGAAAUACUCAGUCAACGCUGUUAAUCAAAUUAGUGAUUCAAAGUAUUUUUGCGUUUUCUCUCAGAUACUUAAUUUUGCUUUUUAAAAUCAUUGCAUUAUAUGAUCAUAUUUUGAAAGUGCAAAGACUCAGUCAAAACUGCAGAGAUGGACCUCACAGAGGAGACAAUUUGAUGGUAUUUUUUUUUUUUUUUUAAAUAUAUUGUUGUGUUAUUUCCAGCUCCUAGCACUCUGUAGUAACCAAAUGUUCUUGUUUUGUAUUUUUGGGGCUGAUAAUAGCAGCAGCCUGCAACAUUCUAGUACUGAACAAAGUGCAUUUGGUGGCAUGAUAUUUUGAGAAGCCUGCCUUGCCUCUACUUGUGUAACUCUGGAUGUGUCCUUUCUGUCUCCUGCAGAAGAAUUUCAUUUUCCUGACCCAGUGACUUCUGUAGCAUUCCUCUGAAAUCUUCUCUUGCAGCGGGCACUCUGUAUGGAGGAACUUGGCAGAGGAAAAACCCUUCAGUUCUCAGCUCUGUGAGUGGGGAAGGCGGAAGGUGUACUUGGUCAACAGGACGCUACAGCUUCCACUACCAUACUUGUAGACCUAGGAUCCCGAGUCUGAAACGAAGCCCUCUUCUGUAGAUGUGUAGCCUCUCAAGCUUGAGUUCUGUAGAAAAGCUAAUGAAUGCCAUCUCUGCACCAUCAGUGGGACAGGACUCUGUUGGGAAAGGAAGAAGUUGAAGUUGACAUCCCUUCUGCCUCUCUACCAGCAAAAGCAGGCUGCAGCUGCAUGGCCUCUUAACCUCAUAAUUUUUGGAAGUUCAGCAGUCAUUUGGUAAACAAAGGCAGGAGGAAACCUUGAGCUGCUAUAAACCAGUGCACCUCUGCUGUCAGAAAUGAACCUUGCCAGACUACUCCAUCAAAGGACCUGACCUAAAGUAAUGGGAAUUUGCUACUGGAAUAUAAGUCAAACAUUUGAGGACUGUAUUCCUUCUCCUGAAAACUUGCAUCCAGUUCGGUGUUCCUCCAGAGAGCAUUUGCAAAGACUGUUUUUUCAUUUAGUUUGAGAUCAGGUAGACAGGAAAAAAAUCAGCAGAGCUGGCAAGGAAAGGCAGUACUGAGAGGAAAGGAAAACACUUUAGCUCUGAGGUUGCCUUCAGCUGGCAGAAAGAAUGGAAGGAGUCUGUCAAGUGAGUGACUGGAGCCAAGGUGUUUUGUUUCAUUUCUGUGGGUUUUUUUAAUUGUUGGCACCACUACUGUUAGUGAUACAGAGUCUCAGUAAGGCAGCUGAAGCAGCCCUUUUGCCAUGGAGGUGGGGAGAGCCUGCAGAAGCCACAGGCAGAAACCCAGGGUCCAGCCCCAGAGCAGGAGGUGCAGAGCUGCUGCACAUAGGCUCCUGUCACGAAGCAUGCAGCAGCUUUGGGAGCUUCUAACACUUGGCUUUGCACAGUCCCUUUGCUAAGCCGUGAUUUGCUGUUUCUUGUUUCUGCCCUUUUGUGUCCAAAUACAAAUGUAUUUGUCCUGGCCAACAUAUCUGUGGAGCAGAGCCUCCUGCCCAGUGGCAUGGGCUGUUACAAAAGCAGUGUGCAUCAAUCACACUGUGCACACCUAUUUGGGAUGCACACAAAUUCAACAUUGUUUCUGUUUUUUGCAUAAGAAGGCAAUUCAGAGGGGACUCUGUUUACAAGACACUGAUUGGUUUUACUUUACAUACCAAAGAAGCACAAAUUGUAUAAAUGUAGCAUGUGAAGAGCUUUGAAUCUUAUAUUUGAAGAUAAUUUGUGUUGACUACACUUGGCACUAAGGAGGAGGCAUGGCAAAGAAAUGUACAGAGUAUACCGAGAGCUUUUGUCAUAUUUCCAAGGGGAAAGUGAAAGCACAGCAUGACUUGCAUUGCCAAGCUUAAGAUUGCCACCUAGUUUUCAUGAGAUUGCUCUAGGCUUGAUAAAUCCCAUUUUAAAAUUGGCAUUUCUAGAAUAAACAGUUCUUCACACUUUAUUCCUAGGAUCAUUGUCAUUAUCUCUGAUUACUUUUAUUUGACAAAGUGUCAGUUUUAUAUCAUGAAGAUACAGCAACAAAUUGGAUUGAAACAUAAUGAUAGUGCAAUUUUGAGUAGGACUCCCUUGAUGGUUGGACCAGAUGAUGUUAGAGAUCUUUUCCAACCUUAACAAUUCUACGAUUCCUUAACCUAACCUCAGAAAUCCAAAAAUUGGAUGUCUAGUCUUGGUCUGGGCUCUAUUUGUAGUCAGCAAAGGGAAAUGGGCUUCUAGAAAAUGAUUCAUCCUGUCCAAAAUUAGAUGUCUGAGACUGACUGGAUUGUUUUCCCACCAGAGGUAUUUUUCUGUAUCCACAGACUAGAGGGGAAACCUAUAUAAAUAAUUUGGACAGAUUAUCUGUCUUUAGGUGGCUACAUAUCUGUGAAAAACGUGUUGAACAUUUGGUUACUUCCUUGUAGCUUCUUCAGUGCUAUGGACCAACCUAAACUUACAAUAAGGUUGUAGUAUAAUUGACAACAAUAGAUGAAGUAAUUUAUUUCUCCAGGGGAAGAAGAAAUACAAAAGAAUGUGGUAUCUGUAUGCACUACAGCAUAGUUUCUCUCUACUGACAAAUGUGUGUUUGAUGAAAACAAAACUGAAUCAUAUUGAAAGGUGAGACGGGCCCCAUAAGUGAAAGUAAAAAGGCAAGAAGCCUCAAAAAAUCAUGUAUUAUAAGUUACAGAACUGAGACUAUGUGGAGACAACUGCAUUGUAAGCUGUCAAAAUAAACAAGUUGUAAAGCUAAAGAUACAACCUAGUUGUGCAGCAUUCACAUCCCUGUUCCCCAGUCAGUACAAAUAGAUGCAGUUUAACCAAUGGAUCUGUGCCCAUUCGCUUCUAUCUACAGCGUGGCAUCCAUCUGUGUGCCCUAACCCUCUCUUCCAUGUUCAGAUAGUAUGUGGGCCUCCACGUAAUCCCUCUGAUUAUACCAGAACGGAGUACGUAACAGAGAAAUGGAUAGUAAGGAAAUAAAGCAUGCAUGUCGGAAUCCCUUAAAGUGCAAUGUUCAUCAUCCUUCCUGAAUGAACAUGUGAAAGAAAAACAAAAUUUUAUAAAGUACGUUUUCAUCAGCUGUGGGAGGCAACAGUGGCUUUUGCUGGAGUGAAGCAGCACUCAGGAGAUACUCAACCCCACAGUCAUAGGUCACACUGGCAGAACUCAGCACACAGACUGUUUGCUUUGUUUUCCAGAGUUGGUGUUCGGGGUGGUGUCAGAACUUCUACAUUUUUGUUUCCAUCAUUAACCAUGUCAGACUUCCUCCCCAAGAAAAUUCAGUUUUAGGAGAAUGGUGACUUCAUCACAGAAAAAAUCCCUCUGGCUUUAGGAAUGCAACCUUUAUUCUGAAGUGAAAGCAGUCCAGAAUACUGUGUCGGCACAGAUUUAUUUUGGUUAGCACCCCGUACAGAAAAGCUGUGCACUAUGUAGGCCUAUACUGAUUACAGAAAACCCUGAGCUGAAACUCCCUCAAUCCUGUGGAUGAAAAUGACCUAUCCUUUUGCUGCCCUCUUUCUUCAACUUGCAAGCAUAUCACCUGCACGUAGUAGUUUAGUGACUUCCUCUUUGACCAACGAUGUUGAUACUUGGAAAUGAGGUGGCAAAUUUGUACUCAGAUUAUUUGGGAAAGAAUCAGAGUAGUCAAAACAUCUUGAAUCUCUACUCUUACUAGAUGCCAAUCUAUUUAAAUAUUAUAAAAUGUUUAAAAUUUAAAUUAUAUUAAAAUUUUAAAUCAUUAUUUAAUUUAAAAUUCCCUCUGUAGUUGCUUAUAGUCAUGGUGUUCCAAAUUCCUUCUCCAAAGAGUUGAGCCCUUAUGCUUCCCUCAAAUCAUGGAGGUUCACAAGACUUUGGUCUCCUCUGGCCAGAGGGCAUGACUUGCUUUGCCCUCAGAUUUUUUACUAAUUCCAGCAUCUCAGCCCUGUUUGUCAAUGACUGUACAAAGAAUCAAGAACAUUAAAUAUUAGGCAAUGCUCACCACAUUCCCUGAAUCCCUAAAAAGCAGCAGUACAUUGCAGUAAUGGGAGGGGAGCAGAAAGAGGACAAAAAUGGGUCUUCUUGCUUAUGGAGAAGCAUUGCUACUGGCAUUGAUGCUUGGACCAGCCGCAGUGAAGAAAAAGCCUGUUUCUCAUUGGUAACUGCUUCUCACUGCCAACUGCCUUCAUAAGGUACUGCCAAGGGUUUCCUAAGUCCAGUUUCUGGGGAUGGCCAAGAAGGGCCAGAAUGUCACCACAGGAUGGUGGGGUAAGGAGGAACAAGGGCAAGAACAGCAUCCCCCUGGGCAGGUGAGAAACAUAAGGGAGGCAGAAAUUCAAAACCUGUCACCUGGAGCCAUGGACGUGCUGCAAAGCAGAGGCAUGCUGGGCCAGAUGUGGCCUUUGCACCAGUGGAGACUGUGAAAAACCCACACUGAGCUGGCAAGCAGGAGAUGGCCUUAAGCAUGGCCCUACCAUCGCUAUGUCCAACACAACCACAGUUCCUUUUCUGCGUAGUGCUUACCUGGCUGGAUACACCCAGGCUGAACUGGUGCUGGGGUGCUUCAUCCUAAAUGGAGGAGAAGGGGGGGACUCUGCACUGAUUCCUGGUGAACUCAGCCCUUGGAGAUGGUUCCUAGCACUCAGAAGGGAUGGAGCACAACCUAUGCAAAUCUGGAACAGGCCAGGUGCAGGGUGAUAAGGUGCAUGACAAGAGUCACAGUGCCAUGGAACUGAGGGAUUUUGGCAGCUGGAGGGACUGAGGAAACAUCUCCAGCCCUGCAUGACUUCUACAAACUGACCCAUAAAUGAUCACCCUGUCCAGGGUCUGAGAAUGCCCCAACCACAGCACAGUCCUGAAACACCAUGGCAGCCACAAAAGGCCGUACGACACAUGUCACGGGGCAAAUGUCCCAUUUUGAUUUGAAAACACCUCCCACAAUAAUGUAGAGGCUGUGUGCAGCCCGUAAUGCAGAAGCUGGAGGGCAUGUCACACGUGGAUGGAGGACGGGCUCUUCUCCAAGGCUGGGGACAACCCUGCUCCUCGUACUGACCCUCCAUCCCUCCAAAUACAUGAUAUCCCACCAAACCCAGCAAUCUCCAGCUGUGGCCUCCACAGAGCAGAGCAGAGGGGCAGGAUAACCGCCCUUCAUCUAUUGGCUGCACCUGGCCUCAUGAAGCCCAGGACACCAUUCACCAAGGCAGCCUGGACGGCUUGCUGCUUCAGCCAGGUGUCCAGCAGGACUCCUAGGUCCGCUCCAGCUGGCUAACCCCAGCUGUCAUACGAUACAGGGAUGUUCCCCCCAGGUGCAGAAAUUUGCCCUUUCCCACUCUGAAGCCCGUGGGGUCCAUAUCUGGGAUACAACAAAGCCAGCAGUGUCAUGGCACCAGGAAAAAAGGGAGAAAGCAUCGAGGAUGAGGAAGCAACAACGGCUGUGCCGUUGGCAACACCAACACGUAUUUUUGCAGGUUUUUUUUCUAGUUUAUUUGCAUGGUGGAAUUGGACACUGAUGACAAGGGUCCACUGGGGCCGGCGUGUGUCCCAGCUGCUGCCCGGCCCCAGUCUCAUCAGCUCGGCCGCUGUUCUAUUGCUGCCGGCUGGGUGGCCUCUUCUUUGGUGAUGUUGAGGCCUGGCAGUCGCUGGCCUUCCUCUUCGGGGCUCGCCGGGACUCCUGAGGAAGGCUGUGGCCAGAGGGCCCUGCCACAGGCUGCCCUGGCUCCUCAUGGGGCACUGCCUGCUCCACGGUGACCUCCUGUGCCCCAGCAGCAGGGGUGACGUUGAGGCCCAGCAAGCGCUGAGCCUCCCUGCCGUACUUCUGCACGGUGAAGGCGAUGAACUGCCUUACGAAGUUGCCUGUGUGGCCGUGCAGGUGGAGGUCCAGCCUCUCCAUCAGGACGUCCUGCUCCAAGCCGACGAGGAGCAGGGCCGAGAUGACGCUGUUGGCCAGCGCUUCUGCCUGUGGCUCCUCGGUGCCCAGGAUGCGGCGCAGCUUCCGCUGCAGCCAGGAGCGCAGGGGCCGCAGCAGGGCCGGGUUCUCCCGGAAGAUGGAAGCCCAGGUGUCACGGGAGAGGCCGCCCGCGGAACGCCUGGGCACUGCAGGCCAUGGCCAGGCUGCCCGGGGGCCUGCGGGGCGUCGGGUGGCAACGGAUGCCACUGGAGCCGGUCUGAGGACCAGCUCCUCGUACUUGCUGUCCGCUGGCGUGCUGUGGAUGAUGGACUGCACGCCCUGUUUGCAAAGCGGACACUGGGGCCUGGUGCUCGUCCACCGCUGGAUGCAGGGAAAGCAGAACUGGUGGCAGCACGGCAUGGCGUACGCCGCGCUGUCCCAGUUGUCCAGGCACACGGGGCAGCGGGUGUCUAAUGCUGCCUCCAUGCUUCCGCCUCUUGCGGUGGGCUCGGGGGAGCGGGAGAUGGCAACGCGCUCCCCGGCACUGGCGCUGCAGCAGCAGGUGUCACGCUGGAAGAGGACAAGAGGACAAGAGACGUUAGUCACACACCUGGGAAGCGCUGGGAAGGCUCCCUCAAGGUGCCCCCCUGCCCUGCGCCGCCAGUCCCCGUGCCGCCUACCUGUGCCGCUGCACGCGCCUCUCUGGGAUGUCCCGUCUGCCUGCUCCCAGCAGGGUCGGGGUAAAGAACAAGUGGCUCUGAGACGGCCGCUGAGAGCUGCGCUAGCAGCACCCAGAGCACGUUCCAGCACCAAAGCUCGCCCUGUCCACACUCCGGUCCUCGCACGCACGCACGCUCGCUCGCUCGGUCGGAGGCCAGGCACGAACUGCUGGGCUGAGCCGCUGCACCCACCUUAAAGCAUCCGUGCACUAUGGAGUCACAAUCCGUUGCCUGGAGACGUCUCCAAGCACGGCUUGGCCAAGCCGCUGGGCGUCGCCUUCACUCCACCUUCACUUGGGGACAUGGCUGCCCAUCCCACAGUGAUGCCACAGUGCAUCGCCGGCUCAUCACAAUGUGCCGUCCUCACCUGCAGCACGUGCCCCAGCGCCGGCACAAGUUUCACAGGUUUCUGGGC